GAAGAAGAAGAUGAUGAUGAUGAUGAAAACGAGGAGCUUCGCCAAUACUCCUCAGCAUCACGUCUUAUAUCAUGGACAUGGUGGUGCUUACUAAACACUGGACUUGUCGUGGUUACUUUCCUUAACAUCUGGAAAGUAGCGACCCCACCACAUACAAGCCUCCACGACUUGACCUUAACAAACGACAGCAAAUCAUUUCCGUCUGGGCAGUUGACGUGGUCGCAGAAGUUCACUCCAUUGCCUUGCGGUAAGUCUCCAGCCGAAGCAUUGGCGCGAGGCUGCCACUUUGACAUCGUUGCUACCGCAUGGCUUCCCCCGAAGUGUAUUGACUACGAAUUGGUGUCCGAAUUCAUAGCCUCGUACCCGUGGCAAUAUUUUCCAAAUGCGAAUGGCACAGAUCCGUAUUCGGACGAUCCUGACACGCUGGGGUCUGAGACUGGGCUCAUCUGGACCACCCAUCGCUGGCAUUACGCGCACUGUCUGUUUAUGUGGAAGAAGCUGAAUAGGGCGUUAGUACGGGGAUGGAUGACAGAUGGGGAGACAAUUAAGUUGGGACAUACUAACCAUUGUUCAACGACUAUUUUGAAGAUGAAAGAUCCGAAUGUUAUUGGGAGUAUUGUGGAGGUUAUUUACCCACCUUGUUGA